GCCGAAGGGACCUCGGGACCUCUGGUUGCGAGAGUUAUCGGACUUAUCUGUAGUGGGUUAGCCGCGCUAGCUGUCGGCGGGUACGGCUUAUCGGCUGAAUGCCUGUGCUCACAGCAGCUUGUUCUUUACGGCGGUAAUGGAUCCGAUCCGUGUAGCAACGGUGGGCGUUCAAGCCGACAUGCUUGAUAGUCCCGACGACGUUUUAGAUGAGGAAAUCUCUGUUGGACCUGUAUCGCCAUGUCAUGGUUCACUUGUGAUGGACAACUGUGAAACAGCGUACCUCACCGAUAACAGCAUCGAAGAGGAGGUGGUUGUGGUGGCUGACAGUGACUCACUGUCGGCAAUUGACAGCCUAGACUCGCCAGGCAGCAGUAGCCAAGAGAUGGCUCCUUCCUAUUUCUUGGCUUCGUGCGGUGACGAAGAAAAGCACCUCACCUUUUCUCAGCAUCCCACACUCUUUCUGGCAGCUCAGGGUGAAAACAGCAACCUGUCACUGGAUCCAGGUAUUCCUCUCAUCAACCUUAAUGAGGCUUUGUCCCAACCCACCACGACGACGACGUCCGUGACUGAUGUGAACCAGAACUGGUUCACUACGAAAGAGGAUAAGAAUAAUCUGCAUGUCAAAGGCCACUCCUGGAAACAAGGCAUGUUCUCCCAGGAAGAGACAGAAAUUCUGAAAAGUAAUAUACAGAAGUACUGUGAGGAGCGUGGUAUCAGCAGCCCAGCCACGGUGAUAUUCUCGAUGACUAAGGAGGAGCGUAAGGACUUCUACCGCACUGUGGCCAAGGGCUUAAACCGGCCCCUGUUUUCGGUGUAUCGUCGUGUCAUCCGCAUGUACGACAACAAAAACCACAUUGGAAAAUACAGCUCUGAAGAACUGGACCAGAUCAAAGCACUACGAGCAUCCCAUGGAAAUGACUGGAGAUUUAUUGGAAACCAAUUGGGUCGGAGUGCAGCAUCUAUAAAGGAUAGGUGCCGGCUCAUGAAGGAAAACUGUCGUCAAGGGGUGUGGGUGACUGCAGAAGAACGGCGACUGGCUGAGGCCGUGUACGACCUCAGCGGAGCAUUGCCUGGAGAGAUGGUGAGCGGCGGUUUGUCGUGGACGGCCGUGGCACAGCGCGUAGGCAGCCGUUCAGAGAAGCAGUGUCGUACAAAGUGGCUCAACUACCUCAACUGGAAGGAGGCUGGGGGCACUCAUUGGACCCGCCAGGAUGAUCUCACACUCAUCAGCACGGUGUAUGCACUGCAAGUUGCCGAGGAGAGCAUGAUUGACUGGGUGGAGUUUGCAAAGGACUGGACCAGAUUUUGGCGCGCUCUCCACCCGAUUCAGCAUGAGCGUGUUCGGUCUCCACAGUGGCUACGUGGAAAGUGGUGGAGUUUGAAGAGGACCGUUCCAAAUGCUGGCAAACUAGCAUUUCGAGAGAUCUGCAGUUACUUGUACGAAAACUAUUGCCCAAAGAUGGAGCUGAGGGAUGAAGGGGCAACCAGCUCACGACCGACACUCGAUGAGAUCUCGCAGCAGCAGCAGCAGCAUCCAAAGAUGGUGGUACCUGGCGCACCUCUCAGGAUCCUCAAGGCUGCUCCACCACCUCCACCACAAACGCCAGGGAUAACUGCUCUUCCCAUUGCUGUUGCCUCAGGUCUCGCUGGAACAACAUUGCAGCCAGCUGCACCCUUAACCCUGACAGCAACGGCAGAUGGCAUCUUGGAAGUAAUACCACAGAAUUUCCAGCUUCCAUCAGCGCCUCCACAAGCCAUUUUGCUCACCACUCCAGGCCAAAGCAGCAUUCCUAUUGCCACUUUACCUUCAGGGCAGAUCAUCAUACAGACUCUGCCCACAGAGCCCCCUCAGGCUGCUGAAAGCCUCCUUGUGCAGAUGCACUUGCCACCUGCUGUUCCUCCUGCAGAGCUUGUUGUCAACAGCGACACAAGCCUUGUGCCUACUGAGCCAUCAUCUCCUCAACCUGACACUGUCUCCCUGGACACGUCAGACAUAGAUAGCUCAAGCUCAUAUGCCAUGUGUUGCAUUGAUGGAGAGGACUUCCAAGUACAGGAGAUUCAUGACACUUCUUGUCUUGAUGAGGUGGAUGAUCCAUCUCUUGUGGCUAGUCAAAUGAGUGAACACAGGGCAGAAAGUGUCAUAUUAUCAGAUCCCAUGUUAGCUGGAAGCCCUGGUUUGUUGGGAUCUUCAUCAGACAUCGACAGUGAAAAAUCGCAUGCUGUGGAUGGUCUGGAUGGUGUGGAAGAUACUUGAGGCAUUUCCACACUCCAUUACUCGCAGCUGCGGUGUUAGAAAACCAUUUCUCACACCGUUUUCACAAACCUAUUUAUGAAUAGCGCUGGUAAAUAAAAUUAUGCUUUUCAA